UAUUUAUCAAAUACAGACGAAAGUGUUAUAGUAUCUAUUUUACAAAAGAUUUUGAAACUGAAUAAGACCUCACAGUACAAAGGUACAGUAGCUUGUCCAUCAGUACCACUUUCUUUCUAUAACCUAAAAAGACAGAAAUCUUCCUCGGCAUCUCCCAUUCUCACGACACUCCUCAUGCCCCCAAUCCCACCUUGAUCCUGAUAGAUCCAUCGAUCAAUUGAUCACCACCACAAGCCACACCUGCACACGGUCGAUCUUGUUAUAUGCAUGCGUGCAUGGAGGGGAGCAGCCAGCUGUUGGAGACCUGCCUUCCUGCUAGUAGCCUCUACGCGCUCAGUCCGCAUCAUCCUCUUCUUGCCCCGCUGCCGAACCAGCACAAGCUUCUGCAGAUGCCGUUGGUCCAGGAGCAGGCUGCUGCGAAUAAUCAUGGCGUGAUGCUCUAUUCGGACCACCACCACCACGGCGGCGGCCUCCUGUACCCGCUGCUUCUUCCCGGCAUCCCGUUCUGCCCCUUCUCCGCCGCCGCCGACGCCGCCACCUGCGAUAAGACCACCACCACCGGCGGCUUCGCGGCGCUCGAUGCCGGCGAGGCGGGCACCUCAGUGGCGAAAGCCGCCGGCGAGAUCGCUAGUACCACCACCACAUGCAACGGCCCAAGUUCCUGCAAUUGGUGGAAGGGCCCGGCGGCGGCGGGGGAGAAAGGCGGACGGAUGAAGGUGAGGAGGAAGAUGAGGGAACCCAGGUUCUGCUUCCAGACCAGGAGCGACGUGGAUGUGCUGGACGACGGCUACAAGUGGAGGAAGUACGGCCAGAAGGUUGUCAAGAACAGCCUCCAUCCAAGUUCGCUGGUCAGCGCCUUCUCUAAAUUAUCACUAUGCAUGCGUACAUCCAGGAGCUACUACCGGUGCACCCACAGCAACUGCCGCGUGAAGAAGCGAGUGGAGAGGCUGUCGGAGGACUGCCGCAUGGUGAUCACCACCUACGAGGGCCGCCACACGCACUCCCCCUGCAGCGACGACGCCGACGCCGCCGCCGGCGACCACACUGGCAGCUGCGCUUUCACGUCGCUCUAGAGAUCGAUCGACGCGGGCGUGCAAAGCUUAAUCUAGCUAGCUGCCGCCCAUAUUAUAUUGAUUUAUACAUGCAGUGCAUGGAUCGAUCGAUCGAGCUGUUUGCCCUGGGGAAAGCCUGAUAAUGCAAAGCUCUGUGCAUCAGAACACGAAGCUAUUAGCAGCAGUAGUGCUGUAUGUAGAGACGAUGGAUCGAUGCGCCAAUAUAUCCAUGCAUGCAUGCAGGUUUGUAGAAAUUAAGUAACCAAUCGAUGGAUCAGCAGUAGCUGCAAGGUCCAUCCUAUUCUCUA